CCGAUGGCAAGAUUACACUGAUCAAUAAUUCGAGUUGUCACUUUGUUGUCCUCCUCCAGCAAUUGCAGAAUUCUCAAGAUAUCCACACUCGCGAGCUAAUCACGCGCGAUUUGGUUUCGAAUUAGCUCUCAAGUUUGGCAUUGAUUCCACCAGGCGAGAUGAGAUGCCUCGGGCUCGAACAUGGAGAAAUUCACGUCUCGGCCUAAUUUAGAAGGAAGUCACGGAUUUCAGAAGGUCGAUCUCGGCAGCGGAGUUUAGUGUCGUGAAUUCGGUGGCGGUGCAGACAUGUGCGGGUGACCAGGACGAGUGCGACCUGCUCUGUGGGCAGAGACCGCAGCAGACAUGGCGAGCGAUUGAGUCUGGAGGUGGUGGGGCAACUGUUGGAGCGGAAACAAUGCAGAGGAAGGAGGAGACCUCGCGGAGGUCUCUUGUGGGCCGUGCGCCUCUGCGAAGAGCACGUCAGCCGGAGUUGCAGGUCUGGAAGCCACGUCGGGAGGAGGAUAUUGUCUGCUUUGUGCAGAUUGUUCCCUCCAGUGCUGUAGUGAAUUUCAGACGCUUAUAAGCAGGCUUGAUCUCCUGGAGCCUUGUGCAUGUGUCGGGUUUGAUCGCGCUGUGCUUCACGGAUGUGCUCUCGAGCGAUCAUCGCCCCACAGCACCCUGGCAAACAACGGUCCGUCCGACAUGAUAUUGUAAAGUAACUCGAACCCGAAAUCGAACUCGUCUGAUGAUGUUGUAAAACGCUCCGAGCUCCGCUUCUCGAGCUGGCACUUUUCUUCGCUUCGUUCCGCGUCCGACGAGAGGUCGUCCUGCGAUCAGACUUGGUUCGAAUAUCAUUGAGAUGUGGAAGGCCGAGCAACAACAACAAGAGUGACCAACCGAUUAGGGAUGGCGGACUCACUCAGGCAGCCUCUGCUGAACGGAGAGGAUCAGAGCCGGGUGAACGAUGUGGCUCCACAGACGCCUCAGCAAAAUGGGAACGGAAUCGCUUCAGGAGCAGGUCAGAGUCCGGCCAAAGACUUGGCCCGCGUCGAGAGCUUUGUAUCUCGAAUCAUCAGUUCGAUUGGCGCGUACUUGGGCAAAAUCGGCAAGGAGUUGCAGAAUUCGAAGCAACCUGCCAAGGCAGGGCUGGCCGCCGCACUGUGCUCCCUGCUGUGCUUCGCACCGCCUCCUUUUCACAUCUUCAACAGGAACGGGGUCUGGGCGGUGGUGACCGCGGAUGUGGUCCUGGAAGCGAAUGUGGGGCUCACCAUCAGCAAAGGAUUGAAUCGUACUUUCGGCACACUGGCAGCAGCAGCUCUGGCUUUGGGAGUGAAUUACUUCGCUGUGUACCUCGGAGUGUAUGAGCCCUUUUACAUCAUGGGCUGGGUGUUCUUUGGAGCCGGAUUGGCCACCAUGUUCAAGUUCAGGCGCCCCUUCAAGGACCGAUGGAAUUAUGCAGUUGCCAUGUCCAUGAUCACUUUCCACAUUCUGAUCCUUUCCAAAUCCGAUUACAAGGACAAAGUCGUGUUGCCCCUGAUUCGGCUGGCGACAAUUAUCAUCGGAUUUCUGACCAUGUCCUUGGUCAACUUGGGCAUCGCUCCGAAAUAUGCCGGGUCGAGCAUCAACGAGCUGGUUGGCAAGAAUUUCAAAAAGGCCGGCACGGUUCUGGAGCGUUGUGUGUCAUUCUACUUGGACGGCAAAGUGCUGGAUCAAGUGGGAGACAUUUUGACUGGCAAAAAGCAAGACGACAACAUCCACAAGUCCUUCACGGAGAUGGUCGCCACGGACGCCGACUGCGAUAAGCUUUUGAAAGCAGUGCCAUUCGAGCCGUGUCACGGGAGAUUCUUCUAUGGAUAUCCGUGGGACAUGUACACGGAUGUGGCAGAUAACCUGCGGUACACGCUCUACGACGUCAUAGCGUUGGAUUCAUGUCUGCGUGCUGAGAUCCAGGCCCCCGACGACCUGCGCAGUUUCUGCAAGGAGGAGAUUACGAAUAUAGGGAAAGCAUGUGCCGAGAUUUUUAAUCUCCUGGGCGAGAGCUUCGAACGCAUGCGUCAAGUCGAUUGUGCAGACCAUCUGAAGCAAGCCGAAGACUGGGUUAUGCUUCUCCAACACAAGAUAGCCAAACACAGCCAGGUCAUAUUGGGCGGCGCUAUGAAAAGCCAUUCUGGUCACGACCUUCGGCCGGGAGACAAGCCUUUUCAGGAGGUGGAGGUACCGGACUUCGAUGAGGCUUACCCGUUUUCUUACUCAGAGUCCGUGAUGAAUACCCCAGCACAGACACUGGGCUACCUGAUCACUCCUACCAUUACCCCCACCCAUUCGUUCUUGGCAAAUGGCAGAGUCGUAGAAGGGUAUCAACCAUUGGAUGAAGCAAGGAAGCGAGAACUGAAACGAGAAACGAAAGCCAGGAUAUCUGCUCUUUCCCUGAUAAAAUUUGCCUCCCUUCUGAUAGAAUUAGUUGCCAAAGCCAAAUAUUUGGCCGACCUUGUAACAGAGCUUGGAAUAAGCGCUCACUUUGACAGUCCCUCUCCUCCUCCUUCCAAUGUUUCGACCCCAAAAGCCAGUAUGCAUCACGUGUAAUGUGUUCCAGCAUUAGCAUAUUUAUUUCCUAGUUCCUGCCUUGUCCAAGGUUGCCCCUUCGCUCCAUCAUCUACUUUACACGAAUGUUUACUUCUCCCCAGGGGAGUAGAGACGGUCCGGCCCGGGUUGUGAGCUCAUUUCAUUCGAAAUAUCCAUUCACGCUAUUAGCUCUUGCACUCCAGGAUAGCAAGAUCGCUCGCGGAGAUGUAGUCAUGGGUGCUUGUACAGGCGGUAAACACUGCCAUGCGCACGGCCGAUCAAUCUCGUCGACCAGCAAUUAGAUUCUAAAGGCAGUCGGGUCAGGGUCGUUGUCACGAUAUUUAGUUUAUUUGCAUCCACAUACUUGUACUGAAACGUAACAUCAAAAGAGAAAUACUUUCAGGCGAGAUCCGAUGGGAUCUCCAGCAGAUUC